GCCGAGUUCGGUUGUGUCGGGUGGUUCGUUGCAUCGCUUUUCUAAAAAAAGUAGCGUUAGCGCUGUAUUGGUUCGCCGAUUACACACGUCCAUGCGAUUGAUGUUGGCAACACAUACGCGAGCCGUGCAAAUUUCUUCGACUGUUUCAUUGUCGUCUUGUGGGGCGGCUCGAUAUUAUGCCGUCGCCGAGGAAGAAGUUUUGUGUGUAAUUUGUUUUGAAUUGUAACUUGCAUUAGCGCUAACUGUUCUGAAGUGCAUUGAACCCGGUGUCAAUUAGACAAGAUAAUUUCGCGGAUUUUUGAUUGCUCGUCCUAGAACUCUGGAUCUUUUGGAAUUUAUGCUCUGGUGUGUGUGCGGUCAGGUCGCGAAAAGAUCGGCUUGAAUUUGAAUAAAAGCGCGGGAACUUUUUAUUGGACGCAAGAUAUUUAUUGUGCCAAUCGGAAUUGUUUAUCACACAUAAAAGUAGUGAAAUUGUUUUUGGGGUGAAAAUUGUGUUGCUGGUGCCAGAAAUGACUGUCAUCAAAGACGCAAGCGGUUUCCGCCUCCAAUUCGAUGAACAGAUCCCUGAAGAUGAGCGUCGAUUUUAUCUUAAAGUCUAUCCCACCGUGAAUGUUGUUAGUGAUCGAAAAGUUCACUGUACAGUAUGCGGAGUGCAUAUCGGAACGGCUCCUGCCAACGAAAGUGUCAUUCGUAUGCAUCCUAUCCUGAAAGUAACACAUUGCAAAAAGUGUCAUGAGUUUUACAACAGCGGAGAAUUCAGCAAGGGUGAAGAUGGUAGCGAAUUGUAUUGUAGAUGGUGUGGUCAAGGAGGUGAAGUCUACUGCUGCUCAAAGUGUCCAUAUGUCUUCUGUACGAAUUGCAUCGUUCAGAAUCUAUCCAAGGAUUGUGUCAAUGAUAUUGAAGAGAAUGAGAACUGGAAUUGCUUCGUGUGCGCACCGAAGAUUAUGUGGCAUUUACGAGCUCAACAUUGGGCGUUGAUGAAUUUUAUUGAAAAACAGAAGCAGGAAAUCCUCGACAAAAAUUUAACAGAAUCUGCGAUUCGUAAAUUAAUGACAAGAGAUCUUUGCACCUGUUGCAAACCUAAAGGUGGAAAUAUUUCCGAUUCAUCAUGUGACAGUGAAUCGUCCAUGUCGAGAAAACGAAAAGCAGCAUCACAAUUAGAGAAAGUAGAGAAGAAGAUUCAAUUGCCGCGAAAAAUUCUUCCAAAAGUUGAAGAAGAUGCGCCUCCAGAACCGAAGAAAGCAAAACCUAACGACGAAGUGGUCUGCACGCCUGAUGUGCUAAGCUUGAUAGAUCAAACAUCUUCUGCAACAUCUACUUUGCCAAAUGCACAUCACAACAUCAGUGGAACACCCGACCGGCAGCGUCCAAUACUUUCACAAUCGCAACAAGCUGUUUACCCUCCGGCUCGCCCAACUCCAACACUGCAGACACCUUCACCUGUUGGUGUCACUCCUCUGAGCACAUGUAGCCCAAUGGCGCCUCUCCAAAUAGUUCAUUCUCAAUCGAUGCAAGUCACGAGCAGCCAAGCUCCUCCUCUAGCAAUUCGUGCAGUUAGUAGUCCUGGACAGUUGCGGGGUUUAUCGCCAACGGUUAUGGGUAGGAAAACUAUCAUUGGCAACAGACCUCCAACUGCUACUCCGGGUCAGUCGCCUGUCUACCACACUAUAAAUGGGUUCCGAAUUGACUUGAAUACCGCAGCUCAACAAGAGACUUUCCGUUUACCCAAUGGAAAACUCAUCCAAGUGAAACGGCAAGGAACAACAGCCGGGUCGGUUAAUUUACCUUCCGUGGCAGUAUCAUCAAGUCAAGGUACUUUCCCGAUCAACAUUAGCCAACCAAACCCGAUUUCUCGGCCGCCGCAACUCGCCCAAUUACAACAACAGCCAGCUCGCGGUAUUCAGACUAAUGGUACCGCCAUUCUGAGUGCACAAGCUCCACAGAUUCCACAGCCUGUUCAACAAUUCACGAUCCAACCACCUCCCAUGGCUACAAUACGAUAUGCGCCUGCCACUGGACAAUUUAUCGGUGCAAACGGUGCGCCUAUACAAGCUCCUCAAGCUAACGUGCUGAAUCAAGUGAACAAUAUGAUGAACGGGGGAAAUCCAAUAACGGCUGUGGCUAUACGUCCUACAGCCCAAACACCAUCGCUCGUCAAACAUGUGUUUGCGUCCACUCCUCUGGGUCAGGCUCGGACCCAAUUGCAGAAUCAAAUAUUUGCCAGCAUGGAAAUAUGCCAACAUCUCAUUGGCAAGAUUCAUACUUUAACUAACUCGAAUGCUUACAAGACAGCCAAGAAUUAUACCGAUGUGAAGGAAUUAUAUAUACAUCUUUCUUACCUGUUCACCUACGCAAUUGGGCGGUUUAAGACGUUACAGGAGAAAUGCAUGGAUGAUAUGAGAUGUCUAGGAUUUGCGGGAGAUGCGGCAACUUUAGAAAGUGGUCAGCUUGAAAAAUAUGCCAGCGAUAAUGACGAAGAUGAUAUAGUUAUCGUGGAACCUAAGACAACUUUAAUCGAUUUGGAUUCGGACGAAGACGAUGAUCAACAAGGGUCCAAAAAUAACAAGAAGACAUCGCCACCAGCCAGGCCGGCUGCACCUUCGCCAGCUGCAGCUAAACCUAUGCAGGCAGUUCAGCAGAUUCAACAACAACAACUGCAGCAGAAACAACAAAUGCAACAACAACAAGAACAACAAUUACUGCAACAUCAACAAGUUCAACAGCAGCAGCAAAAUCAACAACGUAACACUCCACCGUUAGUGUAUCCCAGUAGUAAGCCACCCCCAUUACUAAUUAAGCCAACAGGAACCGUUGUACCACCGUUUGGUAUGAUGACACCAGCAAGUCGCCAAAUUGCUGCGCCGCCACGGCCUCAAUCGCAACCUGUACUUGCAACAGAGAGUACCACUCCCCAAGCCGUUCCCAGUCCGACCCCCUCUCUUGCUCCAGUUGAAUCCCUAGAGUGUGAUCUUGACUUCACUGCCAAUCUUUUAGCCGGAAUGUUGGAUGUAGAACUGCAUGAAGGAUCGGAGGCGGUACAAAUUGCAGCACCACCCAAGAAGCCACGUAAGAAGACAACAAACAAACCCAAUCCGCAUUUGAUUAAACAACAGCAAAUACAGGCCCGUGAACGCGAGAGAGAGCGGAUUAAACAUGACGCGAAGUUGAAUACAAAGUGCUUAAUUCCAUUGGAACGGAUUGAGGAAACUGACAAUCAAGCCAAGAAAUUACUGCAAGAGUUCAUCGAGAAUAGCCCUGAGUCUUCGCCUGUCAAUGGCGUGGAUUCGUCUUUAGACUCUGCGGAUGCCAUGAACCAGGAUCAAGGAGAUCAAGUGAAUACUGAAACAAGCACUUUAAACGGCACAGAAGUAGACCCCACUGAAGAUGAAAAAACAAUCAAUGUUGAAAAAACAAAUGGUGAAGCCAGUUCAAGUGAAAUAGAAGCUGAAGUAGGCAAGCCUACGGAAUCGAUUAAUAUCGAGGAUGAUAAACCGAAAGAGGUGGACCCGGAAGCGAGCAAGGAUCCAAUUCAGAUAGAUAACAAUGACACUCCUAUGCCUCCAGAGGAUACCGCAGAUACCGCACCGCCAGUAGAAACUACUGCAGCCGCUAGUACAUCGGAAAUAGCUCCCAACCCACCCGAUGAUACCGCCAAAGGCAAUGAAACAAACGCUCCAAAGGAUAAAAUUCAAACCCAAGAAGGGAAUUCAAAUGAAUCAACUACUCCUCCCGACGAUACUGCUAACAUCCUCAAAGAACUGUCUAAUCUCAUUUCGCCUGGCGAAGAUGAUAAUGAACAGAUUGAACUCUUGGAAGUCAUCGAUCCUGUAGAUGAAGAGCUUUUCGAUCUGCCCCCGGAAGAAACUACGCCUACAAACGGCGAAGCAGCUGGCUCAAAUCCAUUAACACCGGCAGCAAGUGUGAGUGAAGCAAAGGUUCCGGAGGACCAAAGUCAGAACAUGGAAGUUGAUAGCACAACAAAAAAUGACCUAUUGGAAUUGGCCAGCAAAGAAGCGGAUGUGAUUGACGAGAUAGCAAAGGCAUUAGAGGGCGUUGCGAAUUGAGAGGUGACAACUGAACUGACUGAUAUAGUCACUUUGACGAAUGUCCUGUUGCCGUCUCAGUAAUGUUAGUGAGAAGGUGGCGACUACCGAUUUGAAUUUCCACUGAGUAUUCAACAAGUAGAUAAUGAACAUUAAGAUAAGCACGGAUAGCAUUUCAAAUUUAAGACUAUUUCUAAGAUUACGCCAAUGUCUAAGGCAAUGAUAACUAAAAUCUAUCAAAUUUUAGCUCUUCACUUUUGAUUUUGCCAUUUUCUAAGAAAAUGGUUUUUUUUUUGUUAAAUAUCCAAUUCGAAGGAAUCUAAUUUCAAUUUAGAUAUUGUAUAAGCUUGUGUUGAUAGCGAGUAUCUCACGUGCAGCAGAAACGCUAAACGACUGAAUUAUUUACAAAUAUUGAGAUUGAAGUAUUAGUUUAUUUGCGUUAUGCUCGAAUUUGAUUUAAUUGAUAGUUUUAAGUUCUAGGUUAUUCAAUUAAUAAUGGAGAAAAUAUAAUUGUCAUAUUUCAGAGUUAA